CCUCAAUAUCCUCUAAUGAUAAGUCACUAAGGGACUUACUCAUCCCCUUUUUAUACCCAGUUUGGAAAGUAAGAAUUAAAGAAGUGCUCCUGUUUCGUAGUGAGGAAAAGAACUGGAGUAUCUAUCUGCUUGACCCACUCUCAUCUGCAACCGGUGAGCCAAGAGACCAAGCAGCUGAACAGGAAAGAAACUGGCUUCCUCCUGCGAAGCCUUGCAUAAGCAAAUACACCUCAUGAGCGAUGAACUUGAACAACAGGCCCAAACUGGGAGUCAAGCAGCAGUGGACAUGCCGGGAUUCUUAAGUGCCCACUAAGACGGCUGCAGAGAGAAGAAGCCGGAGAGGGCGAGACUGGCCGGGGCGGAGAAAGGCGGGCGCGCGUGGGCGCCAGGGAAUAGGCGAUGUCCACCGGCUCGGUGAGUGACCCCGAAGACACGGAGAUGCGGGGGCUGCAGCGGGUCUACCCGGCCCCCGCCUCCAAGAGGCCACCCCUGCUCCGCCCGGAGCGCAGUUACGCCUCGCCCAGCGACAACUCUUCGGCGGAGGAGGAGGACCCCGACGGCGAAGAGGAGCCGGGCACCGUGGGAGCCGCGGGAGGCUGCAAGAGAAAGCGGCCCCGUGGGGCUGACGCCAGCGGCGCAGGUGGCGGUGCGGGCAGCACCGGGAAGAAGGCGCUCCCGCCCAAGGGCUCGGCCGCCGAGUGCAAGCAGUCACAGCGGAACGCGGCCAACGCCCGCGAACGCGCCCGGAUGCGCGUGCUGAGCAAAGCUUUCUCCAGACUCAAGACCAGCCUGCCUUGGGUGCCGCCGGACACCAAGCUUUCCAAACUGGACACGCUGCGUUUGGCUUCCAGCUACAUCGCGCACCUGCGCCAGCUGCUGCAGGAGGACCGCUACGAGGAUAGCUAUGUGCACCCCGUGAACCUGGUAGGGAUGCUGCGCGUGAGGCCCGGGGACAGGAGGUUUCUGGAACCGGUGACGUGGCCAUUCGUGGUCUCUGGACGCCCAGACUCUGAUACCAAAGAUGUUUCUGCAGCCAACAGGCUUUGUGGAACUUCAGCUUAGAUGGACAGCAACACUGCUGGAUGGAUUGUGUUAAAUGCAAAGGACUGGGCCAAGGAAGUCCCAUCGAUUCCGGACCUUCUCCUUUCCCUGUGUUUGUGAACAAGACAGGUGACAAGUGUGGUUGCCCUCCUGGAACACAGGUGGCCAUGGCUACUUGAAUCAGUUCAAAAACCUGUAGCCAAAGAGAGCCCAGUUUUGGGGAAAGGGGAUAUCUGGGGAUUCAGCUCCUUCCCACCCACACUGUCCCUGAAGUCUUUUCUUACUGCCUAUUUGGGGAUACACACUUCACCCCUGUAAUCAGGUCACCAUGCCACAGCACAGCUUCUGUUUUUCCAGGGUUGCACUGUUCUUCCUGGUCCAAGGACUGCACAUGAUGGGCAGCUGGGGCUGGGGCUGGGGCUGGGGCUGGAGCUGGUCUCUAUUAUACUGGUUUCUACCCAGUGCAUGGUGCUUAGUGGUCCUGGCAAUGCUGCAGUACCAUGGUAACUAACAUAUGUAAAUAAAUUUAUUUUUUUAUGAACAAAA